CCUUGGUCGGUUGAAUUUUAUUUUAUUUUAUUUUUUGUUAUUCUCUUUCCUUUUUCUUCUGUUGCAUCCAAACCCCCGGGAACUUCGUACGAAACUUGCCCCCCACGUACCUCCUCCGCUUUAAAUACCCGCCACCCCGGCGUUCCCUCCGACGACUCCUCCGCAGCACCAUUCCCUCCCCCUGUUUUCUCUAUCAGCUCCCUAAAACCCUAAGUUCCACCCCGUUGCUGCGCCUAUACACCCAAUGGCUUCUGCGUCCCACGUCCUCCUCGGCCCUCCCGAGGCGCGCCUCGCCCCCUACGCCUCCGCCGCCGCUUCGGCCGCCGCGCGCGGCGGCGAGCCCUUCGUCGACGCUAUGGAUUCGGAGUUCAACUCCGCGGCUGGGGCGGCGAAGGGGGUCACGGAGAACCUGUCGCCGACGUUCGUGGCGUCGGGGGACGCGUGCGUCGACUUCUUCUUCCACGUCGUCCCCGGCGCCGAUCCCGGGUGGGUGGGGCGGCUCCUCGCGUCGGCGUGGGCGGCGGACGCGGCCACGGCGCUCCGCCUCGUGUGCCAACUCCGGGGCGUGCGCGGCUCCGGCAAGUCCGACCGCGAGGGCUUCUACGCCUCCGCCGCGUGGCUCCACGACCACCACCCCAAAACCCUCGCCCUCAACCUCCCAUCCGUCGCCCAAUUCGGCUACCUCAAGGACCUCCCGGAGAUCCUCCACCGCCUCGUCACCGGCGGCCCCUCCCGCACCCGCCCCCCGCGCCCCCGGCGCCCCGACCGCCGCGGCCGCCGCUUCUGCACCGCCUUCGCCGGCCGCCGCCGCCGCUCCCGCCGGAACCCUAGGGACGCGGCGGCCGGGAGGGGGACGAGGGAGGAGCGGAUCGCGGCGGAUCUGGAGCGGGGGAGGCGGAUCGCGGCGGAGGCGGCGGAGCUCCGCCGCCGGAGGCGGGGGGAGGCGGCGGCGCGCGCGGUGGAGCGGUACGCGCGCGACCCGGCCUACCGGCUCCUCCACGACAGCGCGGCGGAGCUCUUCGCGGAGCUGCUCGCCGCGGACCUCCGCAGCCUCGGGUCGGGGGCGGCGCACCCCCACCUCUCCCUGGCGGCGAAGUGGUGCCCGUCCCUCGACUCCUGCUACGACCUCUCCACCCUCCUCUGCGAGGCCGUGGCGCGGCGCCUCUUCCCCAGGGAAUCCGACCCGGCCUACGCCGACCUCCCCGACGCCCACUACGCCUACCGCGUCCGCGACCGGCUCCGCAGGGAGGCGCUCGUCCCGCUCCGCCGCGCGCUCCAGCUCCCCGAGGUCUACAUCUCCGCGGGGGAGUGGGGGCUCGUCCCCUACGAGCGCGUCGCCUCCGUCGCCAUGAAGAACUACACUCCGCUCUUCACCAAGCGCGACGGCGACCGCUUCGGCCGCUACCUCGCCGACGUGCGCGAGGGCAAGGCCAAGAUCGCCGCGGGCGCCCUCCUCCCCCACGAGAUCCUCUUCUCCUGCGCCGGCGAGGUCGCCGAGCUCCAGUGGCGGCGCAUGGUGGACGACCUCCUCGCCAGGGGGAAGCUCCGCAACUGCAUCGCCGUGUGCGACGUCUCCGGGAGCAUGAGCGGGGAGCCCAUGGACGUCGCCGUCGCCCUCGGCCUCCUCGUCUCCGAGCUCAGCGAGGAGCCAUGGAAGGGCCGCGUCAUCACCUUCAGCGCCGAGCCAGAGCUCCACAAGAUCGCCGGGGACUCCCUCCAGGAGAAGACGGAGUUCAUGAAACGGAUGGAUUGGGGGAUGAACACGGACUUCCAGGAGGUGUUCGACAGAAUGCUCGAGGUGGCGGUCGCGGCAGCGCUCCCCCCGGAGAAGAUGGUGAAGAGGGUGUUCGUGUUCAGCGACAUGGAAUUCGACGUUGCGUCGGAGACGCCGUGGGAGACGGACUACGAGGCGAUACAGAGGAAGUACGGGGAGAGCGGGUACGGCACGGCGGUGCCGGAGGUGGUGUUCUGGAACCUGAGGGCGUCCAGGAGCGUGCCCGUGACGGCAGGGCAGAAGGGGGUGGCGCUGGUCAGCGGAUUCUCGAAGAAUCUGCUGAAGCUGUUCCUCGACGGGGAUGGCGUGGUCAGCCCCCGGGCGGUCAUGGAAGCCGCCCUCGCCGGCAAGGAGUAUGAGAAGCUCGCCGUGUUCGAUUGAAUUGCGAAUUGCCAACCAGAACUAGAGGAGCAAAAGGCUCAAGCAAAAUAUUCUCAGGACCCUGCUCAAUGAAAGCUCUGUUGAUGUUGCCACAGUUUCAAAGCAGGUCUUGAUGUUUUAGAACUGCAUACCUGCUCCAGAAGUUUUUUUUUUUUUUUUUUUUUUUUUUUUUUUUUUUUUUUUUUUUUUUUUUUUUUUUUU